AUGGCAAAGUACACGCCCAGGUUAGACCAGAUCCGGCCUCCCGCGGACCAGAUCUGCCCUCCCGCGGACCAGAUCCGCCCUCACGCGGACCAGUUCCGCCCUCCCGCGGACCAGUUCCGCCCUCCCGCGGACCAGAUCCGCCCUCCCGCGGACCAGAUCCGCCCUCCCGCGGACCAGAUCCGCCCUCCCGCGGACCAGAUCCGCCCUCCCGCGGACCAGAUCCGCCCUCCCGCGGACCAGAUCCGCCCUCCCGCGGACCAGAUCCGCCCUCCCGCGGACCAGAUCCGCCCUCCCGCGGACCAGAUCCGCCCUCCCGCGGACCAGAUUCCGACCUACCUUCGUGACGGCCGCGAUUUUGUCGCCGACGGCCGCGAUCUCCUCGACGGCCGCGAUCUGCUCGUUGACGGCCGCGAUCUGCUCGUUGACGGCCGCGAUCUGCUCGUCGCCGGCCGCGAUCUGCUCGCCGAUGACCACGAUCUUCUCGCAAACGGCCCCGAUCUGCUCGUUGACGGCCCAGAUCUGCUCGCCAAUGGCUCUUGUCUGCUCGCCAACGGCCGCGAUCUGCUCGGCGACCGCGAUUUGCUCGCUGACGGUCGCGACCUACUCUUCGACGGCCCUGAUCUGCUCGCCGACGGCCGCGAUCUGCAAAACAGGCCACGAUCUGCUCGGCGGCCGCGAUUCGCUCGCCGACGGCCGUAA